GCCGCAUGGGAGCGGAGGCAGUCAAAGAGGAAAUUCGCGCACCGUUGAAGUCUCUCCCGUAGUUUGUGCCUGGAUACAAUCGUCGUAGCGCAUUUAAUUUGCAAUAAAGGUGAGGCGAAUAUGGCGACGUUGGGACCAGACCCUCGUCCACAUUCCCAGCUCGCGUCUACCUCUAUACAAAGUAACAUUAGCGGCAAUAACGUGCCAACUAACCGUGGCUUGGAAAGAGCGUUGGAAGAAGGAGCGAACUCCGGGUUUUUUAACCUCAGCGCCAGGAAACUCAAAGAAUUCCCUGGGACAGCAUCUAACUUUGAUUUAUCAGAUACAGUGGAAGCAGACCUGUCAAGGAAUCGUUUGGCAGAGGUCCCCUCGGAGGUGUGUCACCUGGUCGCCUUGGAAUCGCUGAACCUAUAUCACAACUGUAUCAAAACUAUUCCUGACACCAUCAUCAACCUACAGUCACUCACCUCCUUAAACCUCAGUCGGAACCAGCUGUGUGCUCUGCCAGCCUGCCUGUGUGGGUUGCCCCUACGAGUCCUCAAUGCCAGCAACAACAAGCUGGUGUGUAUACCUGAGGCCAUCGGUCAGCUCAGGAGCCUCAUGGAGCUGGAUGUGAGCUGUAAUGAGAUCACUGCUCUGCCCCGUCACAUCGGCCGACUCAAGGCCCUCCGAGAACUCAACGUCCGCAGGAACCUGCUCUGUGUCCUUCCUGAAGACUUGGCGGAGCUUCCCCUGGUGAAAUUGGACUUUUCCUGUAACAAGGUGUCUACCAUCCCAGUGAGCUACAGGAAGAUGGCCCAGCUCCAGAACCUACAGCUGGAGAACAACCCCCUACAGAGCCCCCCUGCACAGAUCUGCAUGAAAGGCAAAGUUCACAUAUUUAAGUACCUGAGCAUUGAGGCAUGUCGAAGUGACAAGAUGCCUGAUUCUCUCUACCUGCCUGUCAUGGAGCGCCUCAGCCUAUCACGACCCGCCACCGGCAGCACGGAGGACAUUGACCAGAAUAAGAAACAGGACACUGACUCAGGAGUUGGCAGCGACAACGGGGACAAGAGACUGUCUGCCACCGAGCCUUCAGAUGAGGACAGCUUGAGUCUCAAUGUCCCCAUGUCCCACAUCACAGAGGAGGAGGGGCUAAGCAAAGACGACUCCAGCGAACACAUCAGCACUCUAACAGCGGACCCCCACGGGGACGGGGUGCAACUGAUAGAGGAAAGCCCAACAGAGGCCCUGAAAGACCUGAAGGAACAGUUAGGCUACAGAGACUCCUCUUCUGCUCUCAGCAACCGCUUCCGCAGCUACAUCAAGGGACGGACGCCAGACUACGACGAGCCCCUCAGGAUAGAGGAAGACACACACUGGGCCUCUGAACAGACGUCAAAGGUCACAGAAGGAACGCACAUUGCCAUGAUCAACCAGCUGAAGGAGGCUGUAGAGCUACUACAAGACCCUAACAGAGUGAGUAUGGAAACAGAGGACCUAUCUGGAGUUCAGCUUUACCCUGUUGAGAUGGUCAUGGUGGAAGACUCUCUCAAUGGCCAAGACAGUGACGGCAGUGAAGAACAAACCACACCCAAGUGGGACACUCCCGAUGGAGGCUUUGAGUUCCAGAAGAAACGAGAGUUGAUUCUAGAGAGGGCCAGGCUGGAGGCCCAGCUUGCAUACCAACAAUAUGAGACACAUAUGUCCAACCAGGGAGAAGACAGAGUUCCAGGCAGCGGUACCACGUUUACCACUCCUCCCACCCCUCCCUUCGGGUUGAAGCCCCGCUCGGCCCCUGCCUCACUGCCCUUCUCGCCCCAGCCCUGUCUCCGCCCCCUCCUCACACAGGCCCUGUCCGUCGAUAAAGACACUCCCCCUAGACCAGGCGAUGGAGUCAUGCACACCAGUGUGUUCCUGAGGACCCAUAAGAGUCUGGAGUCUGUGGAUCCUCAGUUCACCAUGAGGAGGAAGAUGGAACAGCUGAGAGAAGAGCUGGAGCUGAUGGAACAACUCAGAGAGAGUAUAGAGAGCAGACUGAAGGUGGCUCUUCCUGAAGACCUGGGCUCCUCCCUCAUGGACGGGGUGGUGCUCUGCCAUCUGGCUAAUCACAUUCGCCCACGCUCCGUGGCCAGCAUCCAUGUGCCCUCGUCCGCUGUGCCCAAACUCAGCAUGGCCAAGUGUCGGAGGAACGUGGAGAACUUCCUGGAUGCCUGUAGGAAGAUGGGCGUUCCCGAGGAUAAGCUGUGUCUGCCUCAUCACAUACUAGAGGAGAAGGGUAUGAUAAAGGUGAGCAUGACAGUCCAGGCGCUGGUGGAUGAGACUUCAACCAAGCAGGCUCUCUUCACGUGAGAGGGAAGAAGACCAACACACCAACAUAGACACACCACUUUGUCAAAGUGAACCAACACAAGUUGCCAUUAUGCCUUUUCCAAAGGACUGUAGCCUAUAUCAGUCUUCCUUUCGUGAUUCUUACAACCAGGGUUUGAAGUUACACAUUGAUGCGUGGGGCACCCUGACAUUCAAAGCUGACAGGGGUGUCCACAUUGAUGGUUUUUAAUUCUUACGAGAGCAUCCAGCAGCCUUGGACACUCCUGUAGCUUGAACCCUGCCUACAACAGCUUCUAGAAUGCUGCACCGUGUAUGACUAUGCAUUUCACCCCUCUAUUCCUAAGGCCAGGUAUAUCACCCUCAGUAUUGAGAAUAAACACCAGACACUCCAAUGUAGCGAUCUCUCUGCUACAGCUUCCCUAUUUCAAGAUAUUUACAAUGAACAUGACUGAGAGUAUACAUUGAAAAUAAUCCCCCAAAUAUUUCACUAAUAGGUCAUAUAUUUUAGGUUUAGUUCUGUAUAUUGUAUUAUGUUUUACUUUUAAAUGGAUCUCUCACCACCUCUGUAGGGGUUGAAGUAUUGUCUUAACAUUAUGGGAACAUUGUGUUUUGGUUGUUGAAUCAGGAGUGGUUGUGGGUAUGUAACUCAGGGUAGGUGUGGGCUUACUACACUGUCAUGCUUCAUUCUGUAGCCUGCUUCUCGGUCUAUGGUAUCACUCUAACAUUGUGUGUGUGCCUGACUGCAUGCGUGCGUGUCAAAGAGAGUGACAGGAGUCAUAGUUAGCCAGAAUGAAAAAGGUUUGCAUUCCCUAGUACAUUGUAUACUGCUAAAUAACCUUGAAGCGUGGGGUGAUGCUGACCAUGCUAGGUGGUCAUGUAGGACCUACAAUGUUAGCAUUUAAAAGUAACUGAUACAUUCACUGAUUUAGAGACUGUUAGCAGUAUCUGAAGAGUUGAUGCUUGAGUACCCAAUAUCCCACAAAACAGCAGAACACUCCAAAAUAAGAAUACUAAGUGUGUGUGAGUGAGCAAUGGUGUUGGGUUUUGUAUUGUACAGAUAUGCAUUUUAUACAGCUUGGUAUCCAAAGCAUAAGCUUUAGCAGUAAAAACAAACAAUGUUUCACUGGAUAGAUUUGACAGUUGCCAAAACUAAACUGUUUUUUCAGAGCACUUGAGACAGCAGUUCAUUAAAGCUAGAAUCCUUAAUUGAAACAAUGACAGAGGCCACCCCGACUUUGUUUUGGUAAAAAGCCGAGGGAUGGGCCUGAAUAAAUGUAACCACUCUCAAAUUCAUAGACAGCUAUGAAUGCAAGGUCUGACCAUCCAUGAUAUAAAAAUGAGUUUUAAGCGUGUUUUGAGGCUAUACUGUGUUUGUUUACAAACAUUGGGAGUAAAACAAGUUUUUAUUCUGGGUUCCGAUGGGGUACGACAGUUUAACUAAGCUUGUGAGGCAUUGGAGUUAUUUUCAAGAAUCAAAAUGGGUAUAUCAUUCAUUUAUAAAUCCAAAAAUGGAUGUAGCAACUAAUGAUUCCAGCUUUAAUGUUUUUGAAUAUGGUUUGUACUAUUCCAAUGAUGUAAAUGUCUUUAGACGUAUGGUAAAUGUUAUGAAAAGCAGUGAUGUGAAGUAUCAAUGUGGUGGUUCAUGCAAGUGGGUUUUGUAUUUAGAAAGUAUUGUAGUAGUAUAUUUCUUACUUUAUGGGGCAACCCGACCAAAUUCACAUAGAAAUGUGAGGUAUAGCUCUGUUAUUCUCAUUGAAAGGUAGAUCUGUUCCAUCUACACUAUUUCUAUGCAUUCCGUUCUAAUAUCUCUAACACCAGCUUCAAACAGCUGAAAAUACAAUCGUUCUGGAAAAUAUUUCACAGCGGUUUAGAAAGUACAAUGAUUAUCUACACUAUACUGGCUUGUUUUUUCACAAACUGAAAUUUGAAACCAGGAAAUGGCGAAGCAAUUUCUGCACAGUGAAUAUUUUAAGUCACCACCACACUCCUCAGGCAAAGUGAACAUUCUCUUAGCAAUGAAAUCACUCCAGAUCCUGAUUCUAAUGUAGAAUUCAAAGUAACAACACUACUAUUUAUGUAUAUAAUGUAACUAAUAUUUAAUAUAAUUUACAAUUACUAUAUAUAUAAAAAAUUAUACACCGUAAUCCUACUUUAAUACUCAAAGUAAUUUCCUUUCCACCAAGCUAAAUAGAACUACUCAGGUGCUAACAUUUGACUACCAGUAUCCCUUCUCCCAGUUAACAUUUCCUCCUAUAUUUUGAUGAUAGAAAAUAAUGUAUAAACUAAAAGGGAAAUAUGACAAGGAUAUUUUCUUAGGAGAAAGUGACUGUAGCUUAUCGUUUCCUUAUGGAGGUUUGGGCCGUGUGCUGCAAACCUGGCAGUUUAGAAACCUACACAUUUUCAAUACUUUUAGUUCAUUGAUUAGUCUAGUCAAUCCCUCGGGCCUUCAGGUGUGGCUGCCUACAGGCCUGAAAUUAUCUGCACUUUAAAGAGACUGUUUUGGCAACUGACAAAUCUCAGAGCUCCAUUUUAAAUGUGUGACAUUUAUUUGAACUACACAAAUGUGCUAAAUGUUUUUACCAGUGUAACUAUUGACUGCUGAGUUGAGCAGUUUUGCCCUUUUCUACCUUUCUGUUUAUAGUCCUGAAAGCUUGUACUCAGUUUUGUACUUUGAUUGGGAGGAAAUGUUUUUUUUAAUGUUUAGGUUUCUUAAAAUUGACGUACCAUUUUGUACCUCUUGUCAUAUUGGUGUACAGCAAUUUGGAUUUUAUUGCAUGAAACACCCCUUUAAUGUUGCCUUAACUGCUGUGAAUAAUGUAUAUAUUUCAUCACUAUCAGUAAAGACCUUAUCUGUAAAAAG